AUGACCCACAUGCUGCAUGCGGCGGCCCGGCGGGUGCAAUGGAACAGGACGAGCGCGGCCAAGAGGGCUGCUUGCCUGCUGGCCGCGGCGUACGGACUCAAAAUCCUCUACCCCAUCAUCCGCCGGCGCAUGAAGCGGGGCUGCAAGGGCGGCUCGCAGGAUGCCGGCCGGGAGGAGCCGCGCCGCCCCGGCAGCCGGGGCAAAGCCUCCCCGGCCGUCAACGCGGAGUUCUUCAAGCAGCUGCUGGAACUUCGCAAGCUGUUCUUUCCAAAGCUGGUGAGCUCCGAGCUGGGCUUGCUCUGCCUUCACUCUGUCGCUCUGGUUUCCAGGACCUUCCUCUCCAUCUACGUUGCCGCCCUCGAUGGGAAGAUCGUGAAAAGCAUCGUGGAAAAAAAGCCCAGGAGCUUUGUCUUCCAGUUGAUCAAAUGGUUGAUGAUUGCAAUCCCGGCCACUUUUGUGAACAGCACCAUACGGUACCUGGAGUGCAAGCUGGCCCUCGCCUUCCGCACGCGCCUGGUGGAUCAUGCCUACGAGACCUACUUUGCCAACCAGACUUACUACAGAGUGAUCAGCAUGGAUGGGCGCCUGGCCAACCCCGACCAGUCCCUCACCGAGGACAUCAUGAUGUUCUCACAGUCCAUGGCGCAUCUCUACUCCAACCUCACCAAGCCCAUCCUGGAUGUCGUGCUCACCUCCUACACCCUCAUCCGCACGGCGCGGUCCCGGGGGGCUAACCCCAUCGGGCCCACGCUCCUGGCCGGGCUCGUCGUCUAUGCUACAGCCCGUGUGCUCAAAGCUUGCUCGCCCAAGUUUGGCAAGCUGGUGGCUGAGGAGGCGCACAAGAAGGGCUAUCUGCGCUUCAUGCAUUCACGUAUCAUUGCCAACGUGGAAGAGAUCGCCUUUUACCGAGGGCACAAGGUAGAAAUGAAACAACUGCAGAAAAGCUACAAGGCUCUGGCAGAUCAAAUGAAUCUCAUUCUGUCCAAACGUUUAUGGUACAUCAUGAUAGAGCAGUUCCUGAUGAAGUAUGUCUGGAGUAGCUGUGGUAUGAUUAUGGUCGCUGUGCCCAUCAUCACUGCAACGGGAUUUGCAGAUGGCGAACUGGAAGAUGGCCAGAAGCAGGAAAUGGUGAGUGAAAGAACAGAAGCUUUUACUACAUCAAGAAACUUGCUGAUCUCUGGAGCAGAUGCUAUUGAAAGGAUUAUGUCUUCGUACAAAGAGGUUACUGAGCUCGCAGGCUACACCGCCCGCGUCUACAACAUGUUUUCAGUCUUUGACGAAGUGAAGAGAGGCAUCUACAAAAGAACUGCUGUUAUUCAAGGGUCUGAAAACAACAGCAAGAAUGAAGAUAAAGCAGAAUUACACAUCGAUGGGCCCUUAGAAAUCAAAGGGAAAGUUGUUGAUGUUGAUCAUGGAAUUAUUUGUGAAAAUGUUCCUAUUAUUACUCCAAAUGGCGAUGUGGUGGUUUCCAGACUAAACUUCCAAGUCCAGGAGGGGAUGAAUCUUUUAAUCACUGGACCCAAUGGCUGUGGAAAGAGUUCACUCUUCAGAAUUUUAAGUGGUUUGUGGCCUGUGUAUGAAGGAGUUCUUUAUAAACCCCCUCCGCAGCACAUGUUUUAUAUACCACAAAGGCCCUACAUGUCCAUUGGAACGCUACGUGAUCAAGUCAUCUAUCCAGACUCAGUGGAGGACAUGCAUGAGAAAGGCUACCAAGAUCAGGAUCUGGAGUAUAUCCUGCAUACAGUUCAUCUGUACCACAUAGUUCAAAGAGAAGGAGGCUGGGAUGCCAUCAUGGAUUGGAAAGAUGUCUUAUCAGGAGGGGAAAAACAAAGGAUGGGCAUGGCUCGGAUGUUUUACCAUAAGCCAAAAUAUGCAUUGCUGGACGAAUGCACAAGUGCUGUAAGCAUUGAUGUUGAAGGAAAGAUAUUCCAAGCUGCAAAAGCUGCUGGGAUAUCCCUACUUUCUAUAACACACAGACCUUCUCUUUGGAAGUACCACAGUCACUUGCUGCAGUUUGACGGACAAGGUGGCUGGCGUUUCGAGCAGUUGGACACCGCUAUCCGUUUAUCACUGAGUGAGGAAAAACAGAGACUGGAAUCCCAACUUGCAGGAAUUCCUAAAAUGCAACAGAGACUGAAUGAACUGUGUAAAAUCUUGGGAGAAGACUCAGUGCUUAAAACAAUGGACAAAGAGGAAUAAAUAAUUUAUGUUUUACGUUUUUAAAAGUAUUUUUUUAGUUAAAAGCAUUACAAAUUCAGCCAUUAUCCUUUGCAUGCAUCGUGAUAGAGGCUUAGAGCAUAGAGAAGCACAGCCAGCAGAAAAUAAUGCUCUGAAUGCUAUGUAAGACUUUAGCGUUUUAGUAUUAAGGAAGAAAGUGGUUGAACUGUGAAAAGAAAAUAAGCAAGUGCACAGAGUAUAAGAUUAGCCAUUGCAGCUUACGUUAAUUCCUAGUGAAAGCCCGAUUCACUGCAAAAAAAAACUACCGACGCGCUUAGGUUUUGUAGGUGAAUUUUUGCCUGAGACUUGUCCUGCAGAAUGUGCUCUGGUACCGGGUGACUGUGUGCGUAUGAUAUGCCUGCUGCCCAGAGCCAACCUGGCCUGACACUCAGGCAUGGAGCACGGCAGAGGCAGCAUCUGGGUGAGUAUGCAGAUGCACGCAAGAAAUCUCACGUGGGUAUGAGAAGCCUUCUUCCAGCCCAUGUAAAACCAAACUCCUGUUCUACUACUGAAUCGCCUACGCACCGUUACCUGCAUUUCCAUAGGAAAUAAUGUAAUAGGCUGACCAGAAGACAACUUUCUGAGCCACCCACUGCCCUGGCGACAGAGAAGCAGGGAUAGAGCUAAAUGUGUAAUAUACUUGUGCUAUGCUUUAUGCCAUUAUGCAUAGCUCCAGAGGCUCUUUGCCCUUCAUGAUACAUCAGUUCCUUUGGGAGAUUAUUUAUGUCCCCUACUCAGUAACCUCUGAUGGGGGGGCGGAGCAGUGGGCAUGGCCUCCAGUGAUUUAGCAUUCGCUUGACUAAGUCUUUCAUCAGCUCCAUAGGUCUGAUCCGGCCAGUGUCCUUCUCUGACCCAGUUCCUCCACUGGUAAAAUCACAAUAUAGACACUUGUUCGUUCCACGAGACACUUGGCGACAGGAAGGACUGUAGGAGAGGAGAAUGUCAGUUUCUGACAGUACACUGAAUUCUCAGGCAUGGCUGUCCUGCUAGUUAAAAUGCUCGGCACUUACAAAGGUCUGUGAAAAGUUAUGAGCAUUUUGUAACCACUAAUUAAUAUGCCUGCCAUAUUUUGGUAGAGUGGCUGAGCACUGCCCUCCCUGUGAGCAGACACACCGGUUAACGGCUUUGCUUUCAGAUGCACUCGGUGACUGUCCCACCUGCUUUUCAGGUCAGUAGGAACCUGGUCCCCAGUCAGCCAGAAGGUGCUUUAAACAGAAACCCCUAGGACGGUGCUGGCCUGAGUGCCUUGCCAGAGGCAAAACCCAGUGAAUUAGAAAUAAAGAUGGGAAUGGAUUUUAGAGCUCCUGAUCUCCUCUCUCUGACUGCAAGUGCAGGGAAAAUGGGCAGCCUGGGAGUGAGGACCAGGAGGGGUGAGAGGCUUUGCAGAUGGUCAGUGAGCCUUAGCCGAGAUGUAGCAAUCCUGAAGUCUGAUGGUUCCUUUUUUUCCUAGAAGAAGUGUGAUUCCUUAGAAGAUUUCUGUCUUGAGAGGCAAUGCAUAAGCUGUUAAGAACUGUGAAGAGAGGAGAAAUAUUUGGGGGGUAUUUGCUGAGCUGGGAAUGUUUGAGCACCCUGAAGUUAAUAUAAACCGUUUCCAUUUUCUGAUCACUUUGAGAACAAGGGGAACGAGAAUUAACUGUCUGCCAAAUCCCCGUCCAGUGCACUAACCAUUAGCCCAUCUUCCUUCUCACUGGGUGCUCGUCUUGCUGCUUAAUUUGGGCACUUGUACCAGAAAACGGAAUGAGUCUGCUCCCUGUCCUCCUCCUCCAGAGUCUGUGGCUUGAAUGUAACCCCAUAACUUGUCCUGGUGACAACAGUUUGUUCCUGUCAUGAGUUUUCUCUGUAGGGUUCCCUGGGAUAUUUCACUGACACAGAAAAGAAUGCUCUUUGAAAGGGAAACUUUGAAAGGGAUGAGAAAUUAAGGUUCAAGAUAAUACGAUGUUGUGUAGUGGAGUGCAGACUGGGGGUCGCUGCUGUGGAGGAUGACAUGUGCAUGCAUUUUAAUUUGCAAGUGCCUCUGCUUGUCCCUCUCCCUGAAGGCGAGCUUUCCUCCUUCUCAUCUUCAAAGGAAAAUUCAGAAUGGCUUAGGAAAAGAAGAAGUCAGCCAAGAAUCUGUUCUCAAUGAGCAUAAAUGAGAUGACUGAUGAUUUUAAAGCCUUGCACAUUUCUGAGUUAUGUUUCUGUAAGAUGGUGAUGAAUCAGGCACCGUGUCCUGUAUGCAUGCCCUUGUCCCAGCUGCAGCAGAUCCUUCUCCUAGUGCAAAGCAGCCACAAAACCACCUUUCCUGAGGCAGGAGCUGAGGUGGAGGAAGGGGCAUUAGUGUUCCCCACCCCUCCGUUAAGCACUUUACCAUGUGGCUGGGGCUAAACCAGGGUUCUCCAGUCCCCAAAUGAGGAGGACACUGAGAAGUGCUGAACGAUUGGCCCAAUUUGGCACAGCCCCAGGGAUGGCCCUGCACCCUCCCAGCCUCCCACCAGAGCUCUGCCCUGGUGCUUGGCUUGUUGGGAGCUGCUAUGGGCAAGUACAGUGCCUGAAAUUGCUGAUUUCAGGGGUCCAAUCUGGGCAUCCUUCACGGCACAGCAGUAACACGUCUUCUGAGGAAACCGUGUUUAGAAGUAGAAAGUUUGUUUGCUGGGUUUUUUUUUUUUUUUAAUGAGAUUAUGCAUAAAACAUACAAAAGCUAUGUAAAUUACUGAUGAAAUUUUAAUGAAAACUGAAAUCACACCAGGAUUAAUGUAAUAAUAUUUUCCUUGAAGUCUGAUACGUAUUUCUUGGAUCCAGUAAUAGACUUAACCAUUCCCAUUCAGUACUAUAGCCUAAAAUACCCUAACAUCUCGCCCAGCUGUUUACAUUUUUGUAGGCAUGACAAGAACAUUAGAGGCUGGUACGAGAAGAAACCCUUCUCUGAAUGGGAACUUUCUGAGUAAUGCUGAGCCAGUUUUAGAAGGAUUUUGUGUACUGGUGGCUCAUUAAUUUUAAAGUUCAUUUUGUGGCUGGAAAAGGAGCUGCCUUGGAGAUUUUCUCUGCAAACUUUCUGAGUUGUUCCAAGGGCUGAUUGAGAUGGGAGUCUCCGGUUCUGUUUCUGGAGAGUUUUACCUCUGCUGUAAUACAAGGUAUAAGGCAGCUCGUUUUGUGCUGCUUCGGGUGCAGCUGGGAAAGGCAGAGCAGAGGUGCCUGCUGCCUGCUCAGGGAGAUGCUGUUCUGGAGCCGAGGUGUGGUGAGCACUUUGCCCUUGCAGAGUGAGAGAGUCAGAGCAGGGCAGGAUGUCGUGGUGGAGUCCUUUUUAGUGGUGCAGUGAGAGCUGCUCUGGAUGUUCGUUCCCUUUCUGGCGUUCAGGAGCUCUGACUCCCUGGGAGGUGAGAAAGUGGCUUUUUGGCCUUCCUUCUGCCGGUCCUAUCUGGCUGGAGCUGGCCAGGUCCAGCUCGUUGUGUCACAGCAUCUGUGCACUCGGGGCUGGACACUGCAAAGCCUCCUGUGAGCACCCUCUCAUCCUCCAGGACUCAGGGCAGACUGGACUUGCCUGGGGCUGCAUCCUGGAGCAGUACAGAUGCUGAGCAAAACUCAUACCAGUCUCAGGCGUGGAGUAACUGUACAAUAAAAAUAUGAAGUACCCACAUUCGUUCAGAUAACGUUGGGAUUUUUUGCAAGAAUCUUCAGAAUGGGAGGAAACAUUUGUUGUGCGUGGGAUUUCAGCAUUUUAACCUAGGAGGAGUUCGUUUCUUACUUAGUUUUGGGACCAGACUCAUUCCUGUUUUAAACUUGGAAGCCCUCUUUCUGCAGGGGUAGAAACCCCCACUUAUCUUGUAAAGGAGUUUUUUGAAACUAGUGGAAUUUGUAUCUGAGUGAGGAAUGAAGGAUUGGGUAUUCAAUGGGAUAUCUUAGGGAAAAUUGCAAUAAAAAUUAUGUCCUAAAGCAAAUGAACACAUCUACAAUCCCCUCAGUAUGUCUGAGUGAUGAUAGUGCAUGUCAAAGGCAAGUUUACGAGCCUGUGAUCAGAGAUUUCAAUCGUAUUUAGAAUGAAAUCGCUCUACUGAGCUGUUCAUGAAGCUUGAGAGAACUGAACUGCUAAUUGAAUGUGUCUUUGUUUUGUUUAUGUUUGAUAUUAAUGCCUUUUAAGAGCAGACAAUUUAUAAAGCAAUAAAUUAUGCUUUACAGUUGUAAUUUAUUCCAACCUCAAAUAAAACAUGUUGCAUUUAC